UCCGCGCACUGCGACGCACACUGCACUUACCCACCAUCCCCCGUCGGCAACUUCCGUCGACGGACGCACGCACGCACGUCUUCCUCCGCCACUCCGGCGAUCCGAGUUGCCAUGGACGGCGAGGGCUCCUGGCGCUUCCUCUACGACUCCGACAGCGAUGACGAGCUCCUCCGCUUUGCCCGAGGGGACAAGGCCGUGCCCGCUGAGCGCCACCAGCAGCAACAGGUUCUGGCGGCUCACGACGACGCCCAGCCGGCCUUCGCGGUUGCAAGAGCCGCCGCGGACGCACAGCCCGUCGUCUCUGAUCAGCAAAUGAUGGCCGGCUUGCCAUCGGCGUCGGCAAUGCAACUCGAUCACCAUCAGGCGCCUCCCAUGGUCCACGUGCAGCAGCUUCAACCGGCGCCGCCGAUGGCAUUCCAACCCCAGCAGGCGCCUUCCAUGGUACAUUCUCAUUACCCUCAACCAGCGCCGGCGAUGCCACUCCAGCGUCAACCUGGCGAUUCGCCGGCAACGGUGCCAUUCCAUGUUGGCCAGAACCAGCACAUGAUGGGCGAGUCGUUGUCGGCGAUGCCACUCCAUCACCAGCAGAUGCUAGUCGACUCGCCGGCCACGAUGCAACUCCAACACCAGCAGAUGCAAGGCCUAAGCGAGCCGUCGCCGGAGGUGAUGUCCGCACUCGAAUACCAGCAGAUAAUGGCCAAUCUGGGUCUUACUGACCUCUACGUAGAAGACGAAGAAGUACACCUCCCUGGCGGCAGUGGCACCCCCAGCAUCCCGGACAUGGAGCCACCGGUGGUGGCGCAUGGCCUUCAGGGCGACAAAAUACCGAAGCCGUCACAGGAAGGUGGAGAGGGCCAGUUCUUCGCCCCUGCGCCGCAGCCCGGCGACGAUUCGGGUCCCAGUGGCGCCGCCAGCAUCCCGGACCCGGACCCGCCGGUGACGGCUCCGGCAGUGGCACCAGCGCAGCCAGAGCAAGAAUCGUGCGAACACUGUUACGUCGUCAGAGAGGUCAGGAACCACAGCGCGUUAGGGCCGGUGACCUUGUCGGUGCACCGCGCGACGGACGGAACAUACACGCACAUUAUCCUCGAACUCAAAGGCACCGCCGCCCAAGGCCCAAAUUCCGGCACCCAACGAAUUUACAGGUGCCUGCGCGACCUCACGCCCGAGUCGGUUCCUGAGUAUGUUGAGUCCUGCAUCCGCAAGAUGAGGAACAAAGCCGGUCCGCUGGAGGACGUCAUCGGCAGCGCCGCCGCCGCCAGCAGCUCUACCAUGGUCCGCGCUCCUCCGGAGAACCCCGGCUUGCCCUGGGCGCCAGAGAGGGGCACGCGGCGGCCUGCGCCGCCGACGCCGCCCACCGAGCAAGAGGAAAAGGAGACGCGGCGGUACCUUCGUGACGCCGCGGACAUGGCCGUGAGGGAGCUGGGAUCGCUGGCCUCCGAGGUCAGGAGCGUCCGCAACCAAAGAGCUCCAGACAGUAAUAAUCGCAAAGUUCUAUUUAGCAGGCUAAGAGAACUCAACCAUAAGAUCAAGAGAUUCGAGAAGGACUCGGCCAAGCGUGUGGGGAGUGAACUGUCCAAGAUCAGGAGGGAGGUGGAUGGCUUUGUGAUGGAGAAAAGACAACUGUACGAUAUUCUUAAGGAGCUGAUGCAGAGGGUAACCAAGAACUGCCACCGCGUCCCUCCCCGUGGAAAUGACGAUCAGGCCGGUGGCAGCGGCGCCGCCGGUGCUGCCGUGUCGUAAGAUCGUAGUAUCUGUAAUAAUCGCAGGAACACGUUUUUACUUUUAUGUAUUCAUGGUGUGUUCUAUUUAUAUUUAUGUAAUGAACUUGUAUGUGCCGUUGUUGUGGACGUAAUAAUAAACGUAUAAGUAUU